AUGUUCCGCGUCGAAAGCCCUACUUCAUUCGCCCAGGGCGUCAACCGAGACCGCCGACGCAAAAGGCUCAGUCCAUGGUGCAACUCAGGUCCUCGCGGGUCAUCCUCGCAGCAUGCACAACGUGAAGAGUCUGGGAAAUGUUGCGAAAAGGACGAUCCGCUGCCCUCAAGACUGCUUGAUCCAGGUGAUUCCGACAACCUGUACAAUUGCGGCUGGAAGCUGACGCGGGUAGAUGUUGUGAUUUUCUCUGGCUGGUAUAUAUUUCCCACGCGCCAGUUGGCAGAAUGCUGGGACAACCAUGCCUCUACGCUGGCAUUCAGCAAUAUGACUUGUCCUCAGAAACAUCAAAUCACGACAGGAUUGAUCGACACCAAUUUCCUGUCUUCCAUGGUGUCAGAAGCAGGGCAAGACUCUCCCAUCGUGCUAGCCUGCCGAGCCAUUGGACAUGCUUUCCUCACCAGCAAAGUGGACACGCCUGAAACGCGAUCCAAGCGAGCGGCAACAUACGGGCAAGCCUUGGAAGCAACAAAUAUGGCUCUCGAGGAUCCAAUCAUGCAGACGCAAGACGAAACUCUUGCGUCUGUCUGGCUGUUAAGUCUUUAUGAGCUCAUUGUCUCACCAGGUAAGGGGCAUCAACCCCUCGACUUUUCACCAAAUACGUAUGGAAUCGGUUCUUGGAUAGUUCAUACUCAAGGCCUGGUGAGUUUGCUGCGGCUGCGUGGCACUUUGCAUUUCUGCAGGCCGCUUGCGCGGGACUUGUUCUGGCUGAUCUACAGUUCAGUGCUCGUCAGAUGCUUCAUCACAAACAUGGCAAGCCCCUCAGAAUCUUCGAGCUGGUUUCGGGAAUUGGAAAAGGACCUGACUGAAGACGAACUGCCAACUCAUCAACUCUGCGUGUAUGGCCAUCAUGCGUCCACUUUCUGUGCGACUAUCCGACAAGUCAUUGACAAAUGGACCACCGGUUCGGCCAGGGCAGCAGCAGAAAUAUUCGCCGAAGUGGAGGGCUUUGAGAGGAGAAUGCAGCAGUUGUGGCACGUCACUUCCGGCAACCCCAGCGUUGAGACUGUUGAGAUUUCUGACUCGAACAUUCGGCUCCUCUGCUGCCGCACAUAUCUCCACGCCUUUCGACUGAAGCUCCAAUUGACUCUGUUAGAGCUUUUGGGCAAAAUGAGAACAGAGAGAUGCGAUGUGAGAGCAGGCACACUGCAGCAUGAAUUUCAGCUUAGAGUCGAGACUGUGCAAAGUGUGGCCGAUGAAAUCCUUGCGUGUGUUCCGCUGCUGCUGUCAACGAAUACCGCCUCAGGAGGCUCCCCAAAACUAACACCAAGAGUUUGGAGGGACGGAGUCCGCUUACUCUGGCCGUUGCGGCUUGUGGCACUUUGGAGCGCGACCAGAGAUGACCAGAAGAGGGCUGCGAAGAUCAUACUUCAACAAAUAAGGGACGAGGUGGGAAUCUACCCAGCUGGAGCGUUUCCCCCGUCUUUCUUAGCGGACAUGGCUACAAAAUGA